AUGGCAAAUGGUACUACCAAAAUCAGUACACUUGAUCCGGUUAAUUCGGACGACGCUACCUGGAUCUUGACAGCUUCUUUUGUUAUCUUUACCAUGCAGACAGGAUUUGGACUCCUGGAAUCUGGAGCAGUAACCAAGAAAAACGAAGUGAACAUAAUGAUGAAGAAUGCCGUAGAUAUUAUACUUGGAGGACUGACGUACUGGAUGUACGGCUAUGGGUUACAGUAUGGAACUGGUCCCUGGACAAACUCAUUCUGUGGAGUUGGUUCUUUCUUUCUAGACGCAGAACCGGAAGACAUGGGGAUUGCUUUUGCUACUUUCAUUUUUCAUCUUUCCUUUGCCACAACAGCGACCACCAUUGUGUCUGGAGCCAUGGCUGAGAGAACCAGUUUUAAUGCUUAUUGUGUAUUUUCACUUUUCAAUACUGUUACUUACUGUAUCCCAGCAGGAUGGUUGUGGGGAAGUCAUGGAUUUUUAAAGAAAAUGGGAGCAAUCGACUUCGCAGGCUCCGCUGGAGUUCAUCUUCUUGGAGGUGUUUCAGCCUUGACUUCAGCUAUUAUGUUGAAGCCAAGACUUCGUAGAUAUGACAAUGGAUUGGAUCCCCUUCCAAUGGGAAAUCCUAUCAAUGCCAUCGUAGGAGCUUUCACACUUUGGGCAGCAGUAACCACCAUUAAUGCUUCACUUGCUGGAGGAUUUGUUGGAUUGAUCUCCACGUAUGUGAAGAAUCGCAAGUUUCUUGUUGGUGACAUUAUAAAUUCAAUCCUUGGCGCGCUUGUGGGCGUAACAG